GAGAGAGAGAGAGAGAGAGAGAGAGAGAGAGAACCAGCUCGCGCUAUACAGGAGCGUGUUUACCAGAAACGAGCCGCUAUUCUGCGAUACUGGCGCUGCGCAAUAGAUAAGAGCACAUAUAAGCGUGUGCUUUGGCUAAGAUGUGACCCCACCAGCCCUUCGUCGACUGUGUCACAAACGGCAGAGAUGUGCCCCGGUAGAUAGCUCGGAUACUGCGAGGACAAACUGCUGUAAGACUGAGACUGAGGCUGUGACUGCAGUCUUCAAUGACAGUGUCUGUGUUACCGUCGGUGAACCAGCUCUGCUAAACCUCCCGCUGCUAACUCACUCACCGGUCCUGGUUACUAUACAAGCAGAGGAGAGUUACCGAGCAAAUUGUGAACAUGAAGUUCACGGAGCAUCUCUCGGCUCACAUCACCCCGGAGUGGAGGAAGCAGUACAUCCAGUAUGAGGCUUUCAAAGAGAUGCUGUAUGCUGCUCAGGACCAGGCCCCAUCUAUCGAAGUCACAGAUGAGGAUACAGUUAAAAGGUACUAUGCCAAGUUUGAGGAGAAGUUCUUCCAGACGUGUGAAAAAGAGUUGGCCAAGAUCAACACCUUCUACUCUGAAAAGCUUGCUGAGGCCCAGCGGCGGUUUGCCACGCUGCAGAACGAGCUGCAGUCAUCGCUGGAUGCUCAGAGGGAGAGCUGGGCCAACGGGCGGGGGCUGAGGAAGAGGAAGACGGUGUUCGCCCUGUCGCAGCAGGAGCGCUGCAAACACAGGAACAUAAAGGACCUGCAGCUGGCCUUCUCCGAGUUUUACCUCAGCCUCAUUCUGCUGCAGAACUAUCAGAACCUGAACUUCACAGGUUUCAGGAAGAUCCUGAAGAAGCAUGAUAAGAUUUUGGAGACUUCCAGAGGGGCCGACUGGAGGGUAGUCCAUGUUGAAGUGGCUCCAUUUUACACAUGCAAGAAAAUCACACAGCUCAUCUCUGAGACUGAGGCAUUGGUCACAACAGAGUUGGAAGGCGGUGACAGGCAGAGGGCCAUGAAGAGACUGAGGGUCCCCCCCCUGGGAGCUGCACAGCCGGCUCCUGCCUGGACCACCUUCAGAGUGGGGCUGUACUGUGGAGUGUUCCUGGUGCUGAUGGUCACAGUGGUCAUUACAGGGGCUGUGGUGAUCCGCACGGCUGAUGUUUGGCCUAUGAUCAGGAUCUACAGAGGAGGCUUCCUGUUGAUAGAAUUCCUCUUCCUGUUAGGCAUCAACACCUACGGCUGGAGGCAGGCAGGAGUUAACCAUGUGCUCAUAUUUGAACUCAACCCCCGAAACAACCUGUCACACCAACAUCUGUUUGAGAUUGCAGGUCUGCUGGGGGUGCUGUGGUGUGUGAGCCUGCUGUCCUGCCUCUUCAGUGAUAGCAUCCUGGUACCAAUGCAGGCUAACCCUCUCGCUCUCUACGGCCUCUUCUUCCUCUUCCUCAUCAACCCCUUCAAGACCUGCUACUACAAGUCACGCUUCUGGCUCCUAAAACUCUUGUUUCGAGUGGUGACUGCUCCCUUCCAUCAUGUUGGCUUUGCAGACUUCUGGCUGGCGGACCAGCUGAACUCUCUGGGUGUCGUUCUGAUGGACCUGGAGUAUAUGAUCUGUUUCUACAGCUUUGAACUAGACUGGAAAAAACAUGAUGGACUCAUCAGCAGCGAGGGUAGAGAUGUGUGUAACUCCUACUCAUACGGAGUGCGAGCCGUGAUCCAGUGUCUUCCUGCUUGGUUCCGGUUCGUGCAGUGUCUGCGCCGUUACCGCGACACCAAACGGGCUUUCCCUCACCUUGUGAACGCUGGGAAAUACUCCACUUCCUUCUUUGUUGUCACCUUUGCUGCCCUAUACAGCACACAUAAAGCUGAAGGCCACGCUGACACACAGAUCUUCCUCUACCUGUAUAUCGGCUGUUUGGUGGUCAGCUCCUGUUACACACUGAUCUGGGAUCUGAAGAUGGACUGGGGCCUGUUUGACCGGAACGCAGGAGAGAAUACCUUCCUGAGAGAGGAGAUAGUGUACCCACAUAAGGCCUAUUACUACAGUGCCAUAGUGGAGGAUGUGCUGCUGCGCUUCUCCUGGAUUCUGACCGUGUCCCUCAGCACAGUCUCUGGGCUGCACGGCAUCUCUGACAUCCUGGCCACUGUGCUGGCCCCAAUGGAGGUCUUUAGACGUUUUGUGUGGAACUUCUUCCGAUUGGAGAACGAACACCUGAAUAACUGUGGUGAGUUCAGGGCCGUCAGAGACAUCAGCGUGGCUCCGCUCAACGCAGACGACCAAACGCUGCUGGAGCAGAUGAUGGACCAGGAGGACGGGGUCCGGAACCGGCAGGGCAAGAAGAACUGGAAGAGGAGCUACAGCAUGAGUCUACGCAGGCCGAGGCUGGCCUCUCAAUCCAAGACCCGGGACACCAAGGUUCUGAUCGAGGACACAGACGAUGACUCCUGACAUCAGGCCACGCCCCUCGCCUGGGUCCAGAAUUUAUUUAAAGGAGGAAACUCCACCUCCUAACCGAGAAUUCACCCAGCGAGUCGGGCGUAGAACCCUCCACCAAGAGGGAUUCUAAAGCUACGAGAUAUGAGCCUCUACAUGGUUCACUACUGUUUGAAGUAUUUCAGCGGAGCAACACCCCCGCACCACGGCCAUCAAUCUAUUUCUCCCACAUUCAAUAAUAACUAGGGGGCUCCUCACUGAGCAUCUACCUUAUCGCAGCAGUGGGUGAAGAACUUCUCUUCCUUUCAUCCACACCCCCCAGAGGUGGACCUAUAACUACACCCACUGCUCAGCCUUUGCUUGGGCUGUGAGUCUGAGCUGAGGACCAACAGGCCUCUGACAGGAAGUGUUCCUGCUUCCAAAAGCUUCAGUGAUUGGUCUCCACCUGCACCACACCUCAUGAGAGCAGAGUGGACUUGUAAAUUGGCCUCUUUUUUCCUAUAAGAGAAAAUAGUAUAAGUCCCACCCCCCCUUUCAGCGACUUUUAGCCACCCCGGCCGACAGACUGCUGGGGAACAUUUGUGAGUCUCCCUCACUCUUAAGCUUCCCUUCAAAUCAUCACAGAGCUGCCUACCUGCACCUUACACGCUUUAGAAACACACACACACACACACACACACACACACACACACACACACACACACACACACACACACAUAUUUAGAAAGAUGCACUUUGUAGAUGUGAAUUGAAAUGGACUUUGUUCACACAGACUUUGGUGUGUUGUAUUGUUCAUGGAUGUGCACAACUUGACCAUUCAUCUUUUUGAGACCCAUGGAAGAAGAAAUACUCCCAAAGCGUUGCAAAUAUUUGUAACCGUGGUUUUAAAUACGAGACGGACCAAGUUAGGGAGCAGUAUGAAAGUACUUAGAAAAUAACAUAGUACAUCCUGUUCAGACUGCAUGGACCAGCGGCCGUGAGCUGAGAGGAACCUUUCUUUUGUUUCCAGAAGAAAGAUGAAGACCUGCGCUAACUCCAUGUUGAUAAAGUAUCCUUCAUUUAAAAAAUGCUUUUACUGAAUGUAUGCCAACCUAUUUAUGUAUGUAUGAGUGGGAGAGGUGCCUAAAUACCACCAGUCCACGCUUUCGGGCCCAUUACCAUCCUGAGAGCUCCGAUGAGUUCUAGGAACAUUUUCUGUUGCGCCCUGCCGUGUCGAUGAAGCCUGAAACAGUUAUUGUCUCCUGGGAGAGUUGCAAUGUGCUGACGAAGAAAAGGGGAGCGCACCUGUCUGUCACAUGCUGGUUCAAACGGCUUCUUCUGGCUGUGGAGUGAAUGUGUUUACAUGAGAUGCAUGCUAAUAUACCUCAGUUCCCUUUAACACUCCGCUUUGCUCCUAACACAUAAUGUUGGUUGAAAUAAAUAAGGUUUUUGUCAUUUUAAUGUAU